AUGCGCGUCGACGUGCUGGUGCCUGAUGACGACCCGAUGGGCGACCUCUUGGCCUUGAUUUUGAGCCUCGGGUACAACGGCGUGGAGAGCACGGGCGCGAUGGAGGUCAUGCCAGGGCGACUCGCGCCUUACUGUCAGCUGCUCGGCCUGGUGCGCGACGGUUGCUUCGACCUGCGUCACUUGAGCCCUGUCACGCAGCAGCGCACUGACGACUGCGAGGUAGGCUGCGAGCACCUGAAAUUCGCGCGCGACAUCUACGGCAUCGAGAUCCAGGUGGUCAGGAGCGACGUCUUCCUGCGCGAGCACCCGUGGACGGCUACCUCCCGGAAGAUGGGCGUCAUCGUGGAGUUGCUACACACGCCGGGCGCAGAGGUGCAUCCAGCGGCGGCCCCGCCCGACGAUCGGCGCGCUGGGCGGCGGACCGCGCGUGGACGAAAAAAAGAAUCGGUGAAGAGCGAGUUCCACGAGGACCUCGCCGGCUUGACGAUGGGCCCCGGCCGCGCUCGAGCGGGGCGCCGCGUGGAGAUGGACUUCGCGGUCGCGCUCGGGGACAGCGGCAUCUGGGAGGGCGACCAGGAUCGCCCAGACUACAGCGACAGGCUCGCGGUGCAGGAGACGCGGGCCCAGGGUGCCAUCGCGCCGGGUGACGUCGGCGCCGCGCGCGCAGCCGCGCCGCCGCUGGAGUGCCUGCGGCUCGCGAGCUCAGCGGUCAUGUCGAGUGAUCCGGGCGAGGGCUGCGUCGAGGGCGGCAUCUGCGGCGGACUCCUGAUGGCCCUCUGCGGCACGCGCGACUCUGGCCAGAACUUCGAGCUGGCGACCUCCGAGGUGUUGCAGCAGGGCGGCUGCCAGCAGAGCGCCUUCAGCCCCUGCGUUCAUUUGCGCGAGGAGAAGCGCCUGGGCCUCUUCCACCGGGGCGACGACUUCGUCAUCGAGGGGGGCCGCGAGGACCGCGGCGCGCUGGGGCCAGAGCCGCAGGGCCUCGAGGAGAUCGCGCUCCUGUGCUGGACGAUCAGGUUGUGCGACUGGCGGGCAGCGGGGGGCGAGGCCAUCGAGUGCGAAGCGGACCCGCGGCGUGUCCUGAUCGUUCUGUCCCAGCUCGGGCUCGACGGCGAGGGCGCGAAGCCAUUCAGCUCCCUCGGCGUCAAGGUGGCCAUCGCGCACGAGGUGGGGCGCGAGCUGGGCGAGAAGGAGGCCGCCGAGUUCCGCUCCCCGUGCGCGCGCCUUGGCUACUUCGCGCUGGACAGGCCCGAGGCGCAGCGCGUGGCCAAGGAGUGCGCGAGGGGCAUGGCCAAGCCCGCUGUGCGACACGUCCAGAUGCUCAGCUCAAGCGCUGCGCUUCGAGGUGUCUGGCGCUACGGACGGCAGCGCAAGCCCGCGCGCGUGGACGCGCGCGGUGACGCCGACUGA